UCGAACAAUAUCUCGCAUUCCAGGAUUAAACCACCCGCACACAAACAAUUUCCUACACAAACUCGCAGAAAAUAAUCAUGUCUUUCAAAUCCACUCCUCUUUACGGCGGUGCCAUCACCGUAGACUUCCCAACCGGAUUCGGCGACGCGAGCAACAUCCGCCAAAUUCCAGACCACCAGGAGGUGUGGCUCGAUGCCGAUGGCUACUCGAGCAUCGUCGUCGACAUCCUCGAGUACGUGAACAAGACAAGCGAUGAGGAGGCGCUGCAGUACCACUUCCACGACCUGAUCGAUGGCACGGGUGAUAGUACGAAUAUGCUCGAACAGGCCAGCGCGUCCAUGCCCAAGACACCAAACAAACCCGUCUACACUCUCUCUUUCAUCCAGACACCACAACCCAACCCCCGGAAGAAGGAGCCCGAGUUCGUAGCCAUCCAUCUCAUCCUCCUCCGUCUCAAGGAGCAGGCCACAGACAUCAUGGUCACGGUCAACCUCCCGCACUACGCCAACGAGUACGUCAAGGCCGGAGAGGGCGACGCGGGCGUCACGCCGUUGAUGAGGAGUGGGGAGGCGGUUGCGAAGAGGAUUCUCGAGAGCUUCCAGGUCAACGAUUGGGGGCUUUUCGAAGGGUGAAGAGGGGAACGUUUGACGAUAGUUGUAGAGGAUUCCUCUAGAUAGCAGUUUUUUGGAUAAAGGGAUUUUACGAUGAGAUCAUUCAGAAAUAGAAGUUGUUCAAGUCAUUGUUGCACUGCAUAUGUGUUCACUCGCUCAUUCACUGCUCGUUCACCACACUUUCACUGCUUGUUCACUACACUUUCACUACACUUGCGUUGCAGAUAGGACUAGCAACGUUUUAGAAAUCAAUAGGCAAGGAACUAAAUCUCUUCGUUACAUAGCAC